CUCCAAAAAUGGAGUUUAGUCAGAAACUAAACUCCGCCUCUUCCUCCGCCCCAGGCCCGCCCCUCCUCCAGUCGAUGGAGUUUGAGGCGAUUUUUUUUUAAUGAUUAGUGAUUCGGAGCAUCUGUGAGCACGCUGACUCGUGCAGAUUCGCUAUGGUUACGGUUUUGCUCGUUUGCAGGUAAAAAGUAAUGUGUAAGCGUUUAUCCACCUCAUACGGAGAAUGACAGGGAAUUUAAACAGUUCCCUUUUGUGACCUAGAAUGGAGUAACUGCGUUCGUCUGCUUUAACUUGAGAAAAGUUUGCACGCACUACGUAAGUUACUCAGAAACUAAAAUGUUUGAAGACUUAUAACCGGGUACAGUCCAAGACAUGCUGUCAAAGCAUGGAAACAGACGACGUGUCGGUUAGAGAACAACUUUUCCACGACCGAGUCCGAGAAACCAUUAUUUGCGUGCUGCUCUUCAUUUGCCUGUACAUGUUGUCUCACCUCAUUCUCACCCACUUUAAGAAGAAUGCCGAGUUUGUCAACGAUGACAUUGAGGAUGCCAUUGUCAAUAAAAUUGCGCUGUGGCUGUGCACGUUCACACUGUCGGUCGCCGUGUGUGCUGUCCUGCUCCUUCCCAUCUCCAUCCUAUCCAAUGAAGUCCUGCUCACAUUCCCACACAGUUAUUACAUGCAGUGGCUCAAUGGCUCGCUGAUCCGCGGCUUGUGGAACUUAGUCUUCUUAUUCUCAAACCUCUCGCUGGUCUUCCUCAUGCCUUUUGCAUACUUCUUUACUGAAGCAGAAGGGUUCGCAGGCUCUAAAAAGGGUGUAAUGUCACGGGUAUAUGAGACUGCAGUGAUGUUGCUGCUCCUCAGUCUGCUGGUACUGGGCAUCUUGUGGGUGGCAUCAGCUCUUCUCCAUGACAAUGCCGCUCGUGAGAGUCUUUACGACCUGUGGGAAUAUUAUCUUCCCUAUCUCUACUCUGGAAUCUCACUCUUUGGAGUUCUGCUACUGUUGUUGUGUACACCUUUUGGGCUGUCACGUAUGUUUAGUGUCACUGGAAGUUUAUUGGUCAAACCUCGGUUGCUGGAGAAUGUUGAGGAGACGAUGAACUGUGCAGUGUUUGAAGAAGCCUCCCUUUCCAGGAAGUUGAACAGUUGCACCUCCUGUUGGGUUAAUGUUAGUGUUAAAGCAGAGACGGUCAACAAGCAGUUUUUGAAUGUACGGGCAAAACGCAUUGCUUUAGAAUUGCGAGAGAGAGCAUCUCCAUGGCAACGAAACCUGGGAUACCCACUGGCUAUGCUGCUGCUUUUAGCAUUAACGGCCGUCUGUGUGCUGAUGGUGUGUUUCCAUGUGCUUGAGCUCCUCUUUGAUGAGUCUGCUAUGCCGAGAGGAAUGGAGGACCCUCGUCUGGGGCUCGCCUCUUUCUCCAUGUUUGGUUCUUUGGGAGCUGCGGUGCAGGUGGUUCUUAUACUGUAUCUCAUGGUCUCCUCGGUCGUGGGCUUUUACAGUUCUCCUCUCUUCACUAGUUUGUUGCCACAGGCACAGGACACGACCCUCACACAGAUUAUAGCAAACUGUGUGUCUCUUCUAAUACUCAGUUCAGCUUUGCCUGUUUUCUCCCGCACAUUGGGAAUCACAAGGUUUGAUCUGCUUGGAGACUUCGGGAGAUAUAACUGGCUUGGAAAUUUCCACAUUGUUUUCCUAUACAACAUACUGUUUGCUGGCCUAACCUCUGCCUGCCUCAUUAAAACAGUCACAUGGGCAUUGCAAAGAGAGCUCAUCCGUGCCUUCGGCCUCCAUAGACUGACCGUGUCCCGAUCCACCGUCCCCCUUAAACUUCUCCUGGCCAGUGGGCUUUCAAAAAUUCACUGAAACGGCCCCUCGAGUUGCUGGUGAACUCCCUGUGGUCAGUCCAAUCUGGUAUAUGGUCUUCAAAGCUAUUACGGUACAAGGGACCACCUUACCGUACAUUUAAUAAAGGGAUCUUCUUUUCUGGCCUUUCAAUCGUCAGUACACUUGAAAAAAAUGCCUGCGUGAAAAAUGAACAAUUGUUUAUAAGGACUUAUAAGUCCAGACAGGAGAGCUAUUUCAGAGGAUGACAUCACAGUCCCGACCACGUUUCCUUUUCCUGCUGGUUGAAUAAGUGUGUUGAGUCCUGGUGGGCCUCCACACUUUCCCCUUGUAUGUGACUAUUUUUAGUGUCAUUCAACCAGUCCAGUCCCGGUUGUGAUGCGGGCCAUUACUGGACUGCUGUAGCAAGACAUUGAUCCCGGCAGACGUCGUGUAAUGGUGUUUGUCAGCAUCUGACUGAGGUGAAGAAACUGGGAGUAUUGGACAUGAUGCAGUUUAAGGGAAAUAGAAAAAUGGUUUUAAAGCGUAUGUAAAAAAAAAGUAAUAUGCUGAUUUCAGGCUUAAGGCCCAGUUAACUGUGAAUGUGUGUUUUUUACAGUACGUGUUUAUUUGUAAAGCUUUAAUGUGCAAUAUUAUGCUAUGAAAGUUGACACCAAAUCAAACUUAACUGCCUUCCAGAAAUUUGUUUUGUUGACCAAAUGUUUGUGUCGGUGGUGAUUUUUACGAACACUUAAAUCAGACAAUAAGGUCAAAGUUUAGCUUUUUAGGUUGAGCUGUGUCGAGGGACCAUCCACACAAACGUACCCAUUUCCUGUUUCAUGGACACUUGUGGUGGUGUUGUGACACUGAUAAUGGGGUUUUACAAUUUGAUAAUCACUCGUCGUUUUAUAUGCAGUAUUAUAUAUGGUGUACGCUGUAUCUGAUAUGCCGAUGACACCGUCAUUUGUAUAAUUUUGUUAUUUAUAUUUUUUAUUCUCUUAGCAUCAUUUUUAAACGUUCUUCAGGUGGUGGCCAGUAGGGGGCAGUGUUUUAUAAAAGCAAAUAUCCACUACAGUAGCUUUUUGAGAUCUUUAUCAACCUUUUUUUAAACUUUCACAUUAUAAUUCUGCAAAUAAGAGUUUGUCAUUUCCGUUGAGUGCCAUUUUACAAUGAUGUAGCCAUAUGAAGAUGAAAAAUCCUUUCUUAAAUGUUUUGCUCUUUUACGGAAUGUAUUUUUUAUUGAAUCCUUUGGCAAGGAUGAUAGUGGAAAAAAGAGAUAUUGUGAUAGAUGAUAGUGAUGGAUUUUCUGUGCUACAUUAUUAAUGGGUAAGAGUAACUUAAAAAAAAUAGUGAGCAUUAGAUAAAAAAAAACACAUUAAGAACUUGCUGCUAUUUUAAUAGUUUGACUGUUAGUUUGGGCAAAUCCAAAUGAAUGAUUUGAAGAAAUGUGUACAAUUUUCUACUCUUAGGAAAUAAGAACAAUAAACAUUUCCACCUGUUUUUCUAA